UUCCUGUCCCCCGCAGGCCCUCCCCAGUCUGGACGGUGAGCACAGCAGCACUACGGGCCUUACCCUCAGAGAGGCUGCAAGUGCUGGCCCGGCCCCAGGCCCCCAGCCUGCACUGGAUGCCUGAUCGCCCCCUGGUGUCCGAGGUCAGCGAGGCAGUGCUGCGCGCCGUGCCCAGUGCCCGGGUCUGCCAGCUGGCGCAGCCCAAGAGACUGGCCCCCCUCUGGGCUUCAGCAGAGACAAGUGGAGACCCCUCGCUCUCUGAAGCUCCCCGAUGUGCCGGCGUAUCCCCGCGGAUUGACCUGCUUGCCACUCCAAAGGCAGAGCACCGCCUGUACCGGCCCGACAGGGACGUGGCCUGGCCGGUGCCGCCGUCCGCGCGGGCCGCCGUGGCCUCCGACCGGCUCCUGGUGCUGGCCAAGCCACGGGCGCGCAGGGCGCUGUCAGACGGGUGUGACCCCUACCGGGUGAGCUCCCCCGCCCGGCGGGCCCAGGCCACCCCCCGCACGCUGGAGCUGAGCGCCCCCCUGGCACGGAAACAGCGGCAGAAGAAGGCUUGACUGAUGGCGUGGGGGGGCGGGGGGGCUCCCCUCUCCUCCUCCUGGGGAAUAAAGGCACACCGGGGGCAGGGGCUCCUGCAGCAUGAGCAGUCUGGUGGUUUCGUUCCUUCCUCUGUCACAAGUGGCUGUGUGUGGAUUUCCGGGCCCGGUCCCGAUGAGCGCUGGGGUCCCGCCCCCCCCGGUCCAGCACUGCAGGCUGAUCCCAGAGAGUUUAUCAGCUUCACUUUCGUCCCCUGGGACCCCAGCUUCAGCCCUGACAGCCAGAACUGCUGUCAGUGGAGCAGCUGAGCCGCUGGGUGCUGGGUUGGGGUGGGGGGUGGACCUGUAGGUUUUCUGUUUGAGCAGCUCUGGUCCUCUCGGUGCCCUAAAAAAAGUCUUCUGAGUUCAUUGUCGUCGUCAUCAUCUUUAUCAUCAUCAGUCAUUGCUGAUCCCCCGCAUGAUGAAGGUCUCCCCAUUGCUGUGUCAUACUGCCCUCUAGCUGGUAUCAGUGCUCGUCUGGAGCGCUCUGUGGUGACGUGCUGCGGAGGGCGCUGUAUCAAACAAAU